AUGUCCGAGGCAGGCCUUUUCUCACACGAUCUCCUGUCGCCCACUGUCGCGGCAUCGCUCCCUGAGGGCUACAUUCUGCGAGCCCUGCGCAAGUCCGAUUACGACACGGGCUUCCUCGACUGCUUGCGCGUCCUGACCACCGUCGGCGAGAUCAGUGACGACAAAUUCGGCGAGCGCUACGACUGGCUGCAAUCGCAAGACGGGUACUAUAUCCUCGUGGUUGAGGACACCAGCAGGGGUGCCGUUGUUGGCACCGGUGCUUUGAUCGUAGAGCGUAAAUUCAUCCACAGCUUGGGCCUCGUCGGCCAUAUCGAAGAUAUUGCGGUCGCCAAGGACCAGCAAGGCAAGAAGCUUGGCCUGAGGAUCAUCCAGGCCCUGGACUUCAUCGCCGAGAAGGUCGGCUGCUACAAGAGCAUUCUCGACUGCAGCGAGGCCAACGAGGGCUUCUACGUCAAGUGUGGCUUCAGGCGGGCCGGUCUCGAGAUGGCCCACUACUACGAGGGAGACAAGAGUAAGGCAUCCUAG